AUGCAUCUCAACAAGAUCUUCGACCUUACGGGUCGGAUUGCGCUCGUUACGGGCGGUGGUACUGGGAUUGGCUGGCAGAUCGCGCUCGGUUUGGCGGAGAACGGCGCGAAGGUGUACAUUACUGGACGGCGGCAGGAGGUCCUCGAGAAGUCAGCGAGCACUUUCGCAGAAGGGCACACGGGCAAUGGGUCUAUCAUACCGCUUGUCAUGGACGUCACUGACCGCUCUAGUAUUGCCGCCGCGCGGGAUACGUUCGCGUCGAAGGAGAGCAGGCUGCACAUCUUGGUCAACAACGCCGGCCAGACAGGCCCUGUAUCGCGCUGGUUCGAAGAUCCCAACGCGCCCGAGCGCAAGGACGCAGACACGAUCGGCCGUGCGCUCUUCGAGGGCGAGUCCUUCGAGAGCUGGGGCGAUCUCUACAAGAUCAACACCUUCUCCGUCUUCUUCGUGACCACCGCCUUCCUCGGGCUGCUCGCGGCGGGCACCGAGGAAUCGCCGUCGCACACGUCCGCCGUCAUCAACGUCACCAGCGUGAGCGGCCUGAUGAAGCUGUCACAAAACCACUUUGCGUACAACAGCGCCAAAGCGGCCGCGUCACACCUCACGAAGAUGAUGGCGACCGAGUUCGCGCUGAAGAAGGUGCCCGUGCGGGUCUGCGCGGUCGCGCCGGGCGUGUGGGAGUCGGAAAUGACGUUCGACAGUAUCACGGACGACCUCGUGGACAAGGUCAGCAAGGCGGUCGUGCCCGUCCCGACGCGGCGAUCCGGAAAGGCCGAGGAGAUUGCUGGCACGGUCAUUUACCUCGCGUCGCCUGCGGGCUGCUUCACGAACGGGCAGGAGAUCGUAGUGGACGGCGGCUUCCUCGCGGUGAACCCAUCCACAGUUUGA